UGUAUAUAAAGCACGCUCAGCGGUUCUUUUUAUAGUAAAACUCUUCACAAGCAACCUGUACUUGCAAUGGCCAUGGCCGCCAACUCUGCAAUGGCACGGACUGUGUUAACUAUUAUUCUCAUUCUAGCGUUCAUAAUAAUGAUAGCGCUCAACGGCUUCGCAACGCCGAAUGUGAGGCCCGCGUUUCUUGAGCCUUUGUACGGGAAUAACCUCUCAACCGGCGAUGUGUCGGACAUAUACAGUACAGAUAUUACUCCAGCAGGAUGGGCGUUCUCGAUCUGGGGAGUCAUCUAUACUUGGCAAGUUCUAAUGAUCAUUUACGUCACCAGUUUGAUCUGCAGAAAGCAUGUCCCCGAUGUUCUUGACUGCACAUUUCUCGGACUGUACCUCCUAAGUUGUUUCUUGAACGCAACUUGGAUAGUAAUCUGGCAACGAAUGCAUCUAUCCGCGGCCUCGGUUAUUCUAUUCGCGAUCUCCUUCACUCUGUACGCAACCCUCUUCGUGUCGUACUACCGACUCAAUAAGAUUGGCAAGCGGGAAUUCCCAAAGUUUGACUUUUGGUGCGUACAAGCUUUGGUCCACAAUGGCAUCGCCUUCUACGCUACAUGGUGUACGGUCGCCUCGCUGCUCAACAUGACAAUCGCUGUAACUUACGUACACGGCGUCGCCAGAGCCACUGCUGGUACCAUCGCCCUCUCUAUCCUCGCUGUCGAGAUCAUCGCUUGGUUUGUCAUCGAAAACUUCGUCCUGGAGCGUUUCCUGCGCUACACGAUCAGUCAGUACAUUGUUCUCAUCGUCGCCCUGUCCGCCAUUUUGUAUAGUCACUGGAAGCCAGACAAUGUGAACGCGAUCCUGACGCUUGUUCUUCUGUGCGUUGUGUGUGUGCUGUACCUAUUUCGGCUAGUUAGAGUGGCAUUGAAGAUUAAGAGUGAGCGACACAAUCGCUCAGAAAACUUAAGUCUUACAAAGGCUUGAGCUCCCUUGUAGCAAACCAUAAUAGGAAGUAGUUUGGAGCGGUGACACCACUUCGGUGGGGGAGGGGGGGGGGGGCACUGGUGUUGGCAUCUCAUCGAUCGUGGCUUUUUUAAUUUGUUCAUUUGCAAGUUAACCAUUUAUUUCCAAAUGUGAGGAAUAAUUAACCAAGAAGUAGAUUUUAGGAGGAGCUCAUUACUUAUUGUUGCUUUUGGGAAAUAGUCAAAUAGUUAUUGUUAUCUAAUUUGGGACUUUAGACUGCUUGUAGCCUCUCCCUUGGCAAACAUCAGUAGAAAUAAGAGAAAGAUGUCUGUGUUGCUAAUGUGGUCCUAGAUCACCACAGGCUAUUGGUUUAUAUUGCAUUCAAAGAAGAUGUAUAUGAUUUUUACACGUCUCAAUUUUUGACUAUUUAUUUUUGUUGUUGCUAGUAUCACAUUCAAGAAGGAUGUAUGUAAUUUUUUACACAUUUACUAUAUACCUAAUAAAAAAAUGUUUUCUGA